UGGUGUGCGUGCCGUCGCACCAGAGACGUCAGUGCUAAACGGAGAGAAAAGAAAUACGAAGGCACGUUAAGGCUCAAGAAAUAGCGUAUCGGUCUGGCGUUGACAACCUUUGUGACAAUGACAGCGGUUUUCGGAGUCUCGAAUGGCCAAUGCGGGUGUCCCCAUGUCUAUGGGGGACAUGCUGGUGGUCAAGGGAGAGGAGGGUGACACCAUCACCGGCCACAAAGCCCAGGUCAUCCUGCACCUUCAGUCAAUUUCUCAGGGGGCAAAUGACGACAUUGCAGAUACAUCUACCACAGUUCUGGCUGUGGAGACGCACCAAGAGGACAGCAGUACAGAUGGGGAGGAGGUGGAGUAUGGGUACCCCAUCACCUGUGGCGACAGCAGAGCAGUCCUCCUCUACAAGAAGUUUGUGUGUCCAGGCAUUAAUGUCAAAUGUGUCAAGUUCAAUGACCAGCUGAUUAGCCCAAAGCAGUUUGUUCAGCUGGCUGGCAAAUCCACUCUGAAGGACUGGAAGAGAGCCAUUCGCCUGGGAGGGGUUAUGCUCAGGAAAAUGAUGGACUCAGGCCAGAUCGACUUCUACCAGCAUGACACGGUGUGCACCAACUCGUGCCGCAGCACCAAGUUUGACCUCCUCAUCAACAGCACUCGCCUGCCCUCCAUGACCACGCCCACCUCUCCACUGCCAGGAGGUGGGGGUCAGAUGCUGUUCAUGGAGGACAAGUCUGAAGACUCAGGCAGUGUCAUGAUGGAGGCGCGGGCCAGUCACAUGAUCCCUGUCCAAUCACAGGCCAACGGAGACAUCAAGAAAGAAGCAGAGGACCCAGAUGAGUCUCUGAGCUUCUGGCAGGGCCUGUCUGAGUUGGGGCUGGUGGGGGAGGUGGUGUCCAGCAUCCGCACGGAGCUGCUCGCCCUGCUGCGGGGGGUGGAACAGCGAGGGGAGCAGGCGCUCCUGCAUCACACAGAUGCAGCGGUGCUGAGCACGCUCACUCAGAUGUUCGGGCUGCUGGACUCGGUCAGGCAGGUUCUGGACCUGCAGCGCAGCAGGACGUCCCAGAACGAAGACCUGCUCCACAACCGACUGGACGUUCUAGAAUGCCAGCUGGACAAUCAGAAGAGGCAGCCGCUGGACUGGAGGACGCACCCCUCGUCGCCGUUCCCCAUCAUCGUGCACACUCCCCUGGAGGCCACGCCCUUCUGCCGGCCCCCGUUCGGCAAGCGUCCGCGCCUGCAGCGCUCCACCUCCACCUCCUCCGCGCUCUUCUCCUCCGCCUCCUCCGGCACCGCCUCCUCCGGGAGCCCCUUCACGGUGCUGUCCCCCAUCACCUUCUCCCCCGUGGGGCAGACGCUGUCGGUGCCUGGGCUCCCCAUCUCCAGCCUGGCUCAGCUCCCCACCGGCUCCCAGCUCUUCCCCCUCCACUCGGCCUCGGGGGGUUACCGGGGGAAGGCCGAGGCGGUGGUGGGGGUCAGUCCGGCCUCGGGGCUCAGUCUGCCGGGUGCGGCACACCUGAGGCCCGCGGGGGCUUUCGGUGCCGUGGAGGAGAGACCUCCAUCCAGGGGAGAGAUGCAGGAGAGGGAGGAUAUGGAG